UUUGCGAAAGAGCUCCCCGCCCCGCUCUGUGUGCUUCCCAGCCGGUGAGAGAGAGAGAGGAAAGAAGGAAGGGAAGGAAGGAAGGAAGGAAGGAAAGACGCGCCAGCGCCCACUCCAAGCGCGCAGGGAAGGACUACCCAGAGGGGUGGCUCAUUCCAGGCGCCUCCCCGCCGCCCAGUGGAGUCGCCGGGGCUUCUCGGGAGCCCGGCUCGGUUCUCUGGAAGCCGCCGACCCCUCGCCUCCUUCCUCAUCCCGGGCUGAGGCGAUGGCUCCCGCAGCUGCGCCCGGCGGCUAAAUCUUGGAGCGCCAGCAUUGUGCAUGGAGAGACGCAGGCACCCUAAAGCCACAACAUCAUGUCUCAGCGGCAUUCCGACUCCUCCCUGACCGACAAAACCCUUCUCCUGGCCCGCCAGCUGAGCUCGGACCCGCCCCUCGGCCCCGGCGGGGGGUCUCCGCAUCGGAAGUGUGGCUCGCUGGCGGUGCUGGACAAUGCCGCCUUCCUGGGCGAGCGCUCGCCCUCUCCCACCGGCCCGCGCCAGAUCGUGCUCAGCACCGAGAGCCCGGCCGCCCUCAAGGUGGGCACCCAGCAGCUCAUCCCCAAGGGCCUGGCCGAAUGCCCCAAGGCCAAGCCCCCCUUCCGCCACCAGAGCUUCUCCUCCGGCCUCCCGGGCAAGGAGGCCGCCCGCUACGACCCCAAGCGCCUGUCCGCCCCCAGCAUCUCGCUCGAGGGUCCGGAGGAGGUCGAUUCGGACAGCGGCGCCCUGAAGCGGAACUUGCGGAGCAUGUCGUAUCGGGCCGCCAUGAAGGGCUUGCGGGACGGGGAGGAAGCCGAGGCGCCGAAGCCCGUCUCGGCCCUGAAGCCGCUCCCCGAAGAACCCAGUGCUCCCGGAGCUCGGAGCCCCGGAAGAAAUAAGCGAACCUUUGGGCGGAAGCGGGUGCAGAGGCACGGAGGCUCCUUCAAGGAUGAUCCCCGUUUGUAUCAAGAGAUCCGCGAGAGAGGCCUCAACGCCAUCAGCCACGAGUCGGACGACGACCUGCUAGAGGUGGAAUCCAUUCCCGAGGAUUCGCCCGCCUUGGACGCCAUCAUCAUGGUGAAGAGCUACCGGCCUGCCCACGUCACUUGGAGCCAACUACCUCAGGUUCAGGAAGCUGGUAUUCUGGAGCAGAUAUCCCCUGAGGAACGCAAGCGGCAAGAGGCCAUUUUUGAGAUCAUCACCUCCGAGUUCUCCUACAUGCGCAGUCUGGACAUCCUGGUGAGCCACUUCCUGAAGUCGGAGGAGCUGAGGGCGACCAUGUCUCAGAUGGACCACCAUCACCUCUUCUCCAACAUCGCCGACAUCCUGGCCGUCAGCAAAAGCUUCUUUGAGGACUUGGAAAAGAGGCACCAGGAGCACAUCCAGAUCUCGGACAUCAGCGACAUCUUGGAGGACCACGCGACCAACCACUUCAACCCCUACAUCGCCUAUUGUUCCAACGAGGUCUACCAGCAGCGGACCCUUCAGAAGCUACUAACUGGGAAGCCUGAAUUUAAAGAGGCCUUGAAACAUAUUGAGCAGAAGCUGGAGUGUGGCGGCCUCCCCUUGAUCUCCUUCCUCAUCCUCCCCAUGCAGAGAGUGACACGUCUGCCUCUCUUGAUGGAUACCGUCUGCCAGAAAACCCAGAUGCGCAGCCCGGCCUAUGAAGCAGCUACUCAAGCACUGAAGGCCAUCAGUAAGCUUGUCAAGAAAUGCAACGAGGGAGCCCACACCAUGGAGAGAACAGAGCAGAUGUUUACCUUGCAGAAACAGCUGGAAUUUGGGAAAAUCAAGAACUUCCCACUGAUUUCGACUUCCCGUUGGCUGCUGAAGAGGGGCGAACUUUCCCUGGCUGACGAGGGUGGGAUUUUCCGGAAGGUCUCUGGACGGGGGAACGUCUAUCUUUUUGUGUUUAACGAUGUCCUGAUCAUCACCAAGAAGAAAAGCGAGGAGAGUUACGUGGUUCUCAACUACGCCAUGCUGGAACACCUGUCGGUGGACAAAAUGGAAAGCCCGGAGGCUCCCUCGUCUCCCCCCGGCAAGCCGGUUUCAAGCGGUAACCUCCGGCACCUCUUCCGGAUUACUCUGAAGAAGGACAGCGAGGGCAAGCAGGAGGUGAUUGUGCUGGCUGCCGAAUCCCUGAGCGAGCGAGCCCGAUGGAUUACUGCUCUGAUGCACCGAGAAGAGAAACAGAACGACCUGGCGAAGAAAGGAGAUCUGAAGCAGGUGGAGAUUACAAGGGCGUACCUGGCCAAGCAAACGGACGAGAUUUCCCUGCAACAGGCCGACGUGGUCCUGGUCCUUGUGAGGGAAGACGGCUGGUACUUAGGGGAGCGUCUACGUGACGGGGAGAAGGGCUGGUUCCCCCAAGCCUGCGCCCAGGAGAUCACCAGCCGCAGCGCCGUGGAGCGGAACGUCCAGCGGAUGGAACGGCUGCGCAUAGAAACCAACGUGUAAGCCAGAGCCCACGUCUGCCAUAAACACUUGUCCUCUGGAGCCCUUUGGAAACGUAGCUUUGCCAGGGCCAAAAGUCGGUGAGCCUGGAUGCAGUUGCCGGAGUCUCCUUUCCUGCCAGGAUCCGAUCCACGGGUCCAAAGAGACACACGGAGGGGAGCUCCUGGGCUCCUCCGACCACUCCAGUGAAGCACGACGAGCCCGCUGAACACGGGGCCUCCCAUCUAUCACUGACUUCCCCCCUCUCGUACCUCCGACCGCUCUGCUUGCGACUGAUGGAUGUUUCGCGGCAGGAGAUUGAAGCAGGUACGUUGCUGCUUAAACAAAACCCAAGCCUGUUUCUCCAACCCUGGCGCCCGCUCAACGCCGGAGGCACGCAAAAGCGCCCCGCCAAAAUCAGGGCACGUCAACAGGGGAGUCGAUCCUCUACAGCGUCAAGGACCGCUAAAUUCUUUGUGCAGAGUUUCAAGGACGGCUACAUUCUUCGUGCACAGUUUCCCGGACCAGCAGAACUUGCAUCUCUGGGCAGUUUACAAUUAAAAUAAUAUAAGCAUUAAAA